AUGCUCAUGGCUGCGAAUAAAUCCGGUGCUCUGAUUUUGCAGAAUCAAUACUCAGAGAAGAAAUUGUGGUACCUUGAGGUCAUCGCGGUGCAUCCUGCAUUACAAUCACGCGGUCUAGGUGGAGGUGUGAUGAGGUGGAUUAUGGAAAGUGUUGGGGAUCAGCCCAUAUACUUGGAAUGUACGGCACGGGGCAAUGUUCCAUUCUACGAGGCUUUCGGCUUUCGAGUCGUCGAAGAGGUAGAAUUGAUUGAUGAUGACGAUGUCGAGAAGCUUGUUUACUGGGUUAUGGUUCGGGCAUAA